AUGGCACAUUGCAACCCAGUAUCAACACCAAUGGAACCAGGUGUAAAACUCUCGAAAUUCGAUGGAGGAGAACGAGUCGACGCAAGUAAAUACCGAAGUUUGGUGGGAAGCCUUCGCUAUCUCACUUGCACAAGGCCUGAUAUUUCGCUAAGUGUUGGCAUUGUAAGUCGGUUCAUGGAAGAGCCGGUUUAUUCACAUUGGAAGGUGUUGAAGCGAAUCCUACGGUAUAUUCAAGGAACGGUGUCACUCGGGUUAUUUUAUUCAAAUAUGGAAGAUUACAAGUUGAUUGGGUAUUCCGACAGUGAUUGGUGCGGAGACCUAGAGGAUCGGAAAAGUACAUCGGGAUAUGUGUUCUUUAUAGGUAACAUAGCAUUUGCUUGGCUUUCAAAGAAGCAACCAAUUGUGACACUAUCGACAUGUGAAGUUGAAUAUGUGGCAGCAUCUUGGUGUGUGUGUCAUGCUAUAUGGCUCAGAAAUUUGUUGGGCGAGUUGGAGCAACAACAACUUGGUGCAACUGAGAUACGAGUUGACAAUAAAUCAGCGAUUGAGUUGGCAAAGAACCCAGUGAAUCAUGAGAGAAGCAAACACAUUGACAUUCGUUUUCAUUUUAUCCGAGAUCAUGUAAAGGAAGGAAGUGCGAAAUUAGUGCACGUGGCAAGUCGGGACCAAGUCGCGGAUAUCUUUACAAAACCGCUACCGAUGGUACUCUUCGACAACUACAAGAAAUUAAUCAACAUAAAGGAUGGCAGAAGCAUUUAA